UUUUUGACAAUAAAUAUAUGUACUUUACAGGGGCGCCUGCAGGAUUUUGUUCCAAGGUACGCACAAAUCCAGGACCGCCCAGCCCCCUUCUGCCAAUCAUGUCAAGAAACACUGAUGCUUGCUGUCAAAGGCUACAUUAUUUAAGGCCAUUCGUUAUGACAUAAUUUGUUUCCUUUUUAAUUUUAAUAUUUCACUGAAAUCUAAAUAAAAGCACAUCAGCACCAAGGAAUCAGACGCUCAAGAUGUAAUCUUGAAAAUGAUGUCAUAUUAAAAAAUGUGCAAAUAUAUGACAACAGAUUGUGAUACAACACAAUUAGUAAAGCAUUUAUUAAAUCCUUACUUUUACUGACUCAAAAUCUUCCAUCCACACAGAUGAGUAGUGGACGAGCUCAAACAAAAAAUAUAAUUUGUAUAUUUUCUUGGAAAAAAAAUAUUUUAAAAAAUAAUUUCGUAUAUAGUUUGUCUCUUAAAACUAACUGCAGAUAUUGUGUAGAUUUGCUGUAUUUUCUCCUCCAAAUGUCUCUCAGACCUUACAGCUAAAAUAUCACAUAUCUCUUAACGUGACAAAACAUGCAGAUCACUCAUUGCGCCUUUGCAUGUCAAUAUACUGUUGGCCCUCAAUUUUAAGAGUAAAUAAUGUCACCUCUUUGCACAGUAGAGAACGCCUUUAUCACAAUUCAAAUAUAACUUAAUAACCACAAUCAUUUUUAACUUGUUAUGUUUCCAACAGACCAAUGCUAUUAUCACUGCCGUCAUACCUUUCUGAAAUCUAAAGAUGUCAUACUUACAUGUUGGACUAUAGAUAUAUUUGUGUCAAGCUGUCUGUGUUCUACAUAAUUAUGCUAUUUAUUAUACCCCUCAUAUUUGUGUGCUUGUAAUAAGUGCAACAAUCCCCAAUUUGUUCAAGUCAGCUGAAAGAGGAAGUUCUCCAGUUGAGGAAGGAUGCGUGUUGUUCAUACAUGAGUGUGGCAUCUGCAGAUCUCACAAUAAAGUUUCCGAGAAACUGUGAAGGGUCUGACUAAAGCGCACUGUGGAAGACGUUUAAAAUGAAGAUUAUAUCACUCUGUACAAUCAUCUUUAUGUUGGUGUUCAAUGUUUUGUGUGAAGAAAACGCAGACAAUGGCUGGAACAUCUCCUUCAGUCCAAGAGAAGUAACUGCAGUUAAAGGAUUGUGUGCUCAUAUUUCAUGUACCUUCACUUAUCCAGUUGCCGAAAAUCCUAUUCAAAGCGUUAUUUGGCAAUCGUGUGUUGCCAAGGAUAAAUGUAACUUAAUUUUCCAGAAUAACGUGGAAAAAAAUAAACUGAAAAAAAAUGAAUUAGGACAUAUUAAGAUGCUCGAACCUGAUCUGAGCAAAAACAACUGCAGCAUCAUCCUUAAAGACAUAAAAGAAAAUGAAAAGGAAUACACAUUCAGAAUUAAAGCUAAACAGCAAUACACCUUCAAUCCCACUGUUAAAAUCAGCAUUAAAGACGAGCCUACGCUGGUUGUUCCUCCUCUCAGUGAAAAAGUGGAGGUCAAUCUGACAUGUUCAGCUCCUUUUCCUUGUCCUGAAACUCCUCCUGUUAUAACAUGGUGGAUCAAGACAAAAGAGGAAAACUACAUAAAACUAGACAAUAACAAAAUCACUCAGGUCCACUCAGAACAUGUUUACUACUCAUAUCUGACCUUAAUCCCAACGUCUGACCAACAUGAUGGCACUGUAGGAUGUGACGUGAGAUACGGAAACAAAAAGAUCAAUACCAACAACACCCUAGAAGUCAAGUAUGUCCAGGCUCUUCAAAUUGUGGGUGAAAACACACUGAUGGAAGGAGACACUCUUAAUCUGACCUGCACUUUUAGGAGUCACCCACCAGCAUCUAAUCCUGUAUGGCGUUUCAACGGAAACACAGACAACCUGAAUACACAAACAUCUGCAGGAACACUCAUGAUUGCCAAUGUGGGAAAGGAGCAUGCUGGGAUUUAUGUCUGUGAGAUGACAUAUAUGAACAAGACUCUGAAUGCAUCCAUUACGAUUAACAUCACUGAGGUCAACAUUUUGGGUGAAAACAGACUGAAGAAAGGGGACACUCUCAAUCUUACCUGCAGUUUUAAGAAUCACCCACAAUCAUCAUCUAAUCCUGUAUGGAGUUUCAAUGGAGAUGCAGAUAAACUCAAGAACCAAGCAUCUGCAGCAAAUCUCAUCAUUGAUAACGUGACAAAGGAGCAUGCUGGGAUUUAUGCCUGUGAGAUGACGUACAUGAAAAAGACUCUGAAUGCAUCCAUCACGGUCGACAUCACUGAACAUGACAUGGGAAGAAAUAAUACACGUGCAGGUGUGCUGGAUUUCCUGUUGAGCAUCCCAAAUAUCUUCACAUUUGUAGCAGGAAUGGCAUUUUCAGCAUUAAUCUUCUCUGUGAUAUUGUGCUGUUGGGUGUGCUGCCACAGAGGCAAGAAACAAAAGGUCCCGACAGCAAAUCCAGAUGCUGAAAUUAAUCUGGAGACGGUGCAGACAGACGUAGCGCAGAAUGGAACCACUGAGCAAACCCCUCUACAUGAACAGCCUGAUGGAGAAACCCCAAAAACACCUGCUACACCAACAGAUGGAGCAGAGGAGGAUGAAGCACUUGGGACAGAAGCACGAGAGGUGGACUACGCCAGCAUUGAUUACUCCCUCCUAAAGGACAAACCCCCUGAGGAGGCAGAGACAGAGCCUACAGACACUGACUACGCUGAGAUCAAGAAGGACAGAACAAAAGACUGGAAGGACACUGAAGAUCCUCAGGAUGGAGAUGAGCAGGUGGAAACGUUUGACCAGAAAGAGAUGGGGGCAGAGGAGGAACUUUAUUCUCAGGUGCCUCAAUGACAAGAAGCUUAAGGGGUUUUAGCUGCACGUUACAUUUCCAACACAGGUUCAUUGUGUAUACGAAGCCCCUUACAUUUUUAGAGAGCGCAAAAUAUGUACUCCAGUACACUUGCCAGGUUUGCUCCAGUUUUUAUUUUUGCGAAUCCACCAGAGGCUGCAGUGUACACUUUUUGAUGAUCUCAAAUUCCUCUUGCACAUCCUCUUCUCACGUAAAUUCAACAUAGGGUGAAAGACACACUGCAGCCGAUCAGCUUGCUGUCGACUGACUGAACCGUCAACCCCUUAAACCCAACCAAUAAUGUUUUCAAAACCUAAUCUAGAAAAAGAAAAGCCAUUGCUGGCGGCCAUGUGAUUUUACCUUCUUCACAGUUGUUAUUAUGUUAUGAGCCUAUUACUUAUAUUUUUUUGCUUUUGUUUUACCUGGUUACUGAAACCGUUUCUCACCGAUCUAAAAUCCCGUCGUCACAGCCCACUCUGCUCCGUAUCCUAAGUCCAUUAGUGUACAUGGCAAGCUACUGGGCAAACUGGUAACACAGGAAAAGCCAUCCAUACAAAUGAAUAUGUGUUUUACAGAUCAAAAUGUGUCUCUAAAAAUUUUGAUGGAAGUACAUAUCCACAAUGACUCAAUGAGCCUGUGUUGCACAUUUCAGUUUGUCUGGUUUGUCAUGUUUCAUUUUUAGUUAUUCUAUAAAUACAGUUUAUUUGAAAUGUGAUGUAGAGAAACUAUUAUAGAAUAUUUAAAGUUUUGUUUUGCUCCACUGAUCUUACAGAAAAUGCUACAAAUAUACUGUAUGUCAAAUAGAAAAAAAUUUGUACAUAUAUAAGUAUUAGACCCCCCCUUUAUUUUCCCCCUGUUUCUGUUUAACAGAAAGAAUAUUUUUUUUCAACACAU